AUGCACUCGGCCGCUUCAUCUUCGUACCACCACUGCCCGACGUCCAGCGAGCGGCGCUACUCUGACCCGUCCGACGAAGAAGCCCUCAACGAGGCCCAGGCAGAGGCAGCGAGCAGGAAACGCAGCAGUCGCGCGUGCGACCAGUGCCGGAAGACCAAGAGCAAGUGCGAGCGCGGGCUCAACGACAAUGCACCCUGCAAAAGCUGCGCGGUCGCCGAUCUCGAAUGCACCUUCCUCGGUCCCGGGUACAAACGCGGCCCUCCGAAAGGCUACAUCCACGCGAUCGAACAACGGUGGCACCACGUCGAGUCGAUUCUCGGAGCCAUCCUCGCCUCUCCCGACCCGAGGGCCCAAGGCCUGAUAUCGGACCUGCGCCGAGAUGAUCUCGCGCGGGAAAUCUUGAAUAGAGUCGACGCCGGUCCCUUCGGUCCCUCCGGCCGGCUGCAUCACCCAGCCUUCAGUACAAAGGAGGACAUGUUCGCAUCCAUCCUCCAUAGCCAUCAGGCUUCUCAGAACCGGGAAGGCGGUCGUUCUCAAAGGCAAUCUCAUAUCAACGCCCUCCCGACCCCAACGAAUGAAUGGCAAGAUCGCCUGGCGGCCCGUCUGGCGACGUCCUCGUCGUUUUCACGCAACUCGUACGGUUAUCAACGGGAUCUCGUCCAACGAGGUCAUGUACGAUCAAAAUGGUGCCCCGCUACCGCAGCGGCGAUUAGACUUGGGGAGUACCCAGCCCGAUUGGAGUAA